GGCCCAAGUCUUAGGGAAGCAUUCGCACAAAGCAUUCGCUAUGAAUGUUUUCUUAUUCCCUAAAGACAUGUGUGUUGAACUUGAACGUAUUAUGAAUGGCUUCUGGUGGACAGGUUCUUCUGGAAAGGGGAUUCGUUGGAAAGAUUGGAACAACUUGAGCACUCCGAAGAAGGGAGGUGGGUUGGGUUUCAAAAGACUCAGAGAGUUUAACUUGGCUAUGCUCGGGAAGCAAUCAUGGAGGAUCUUUACUAAACCACACUGUCUAGUAGCGAAAGUAUUGAAGGCCAGGGAUAGGGAGCUGAUUCUUGGAAUACCGGUGAGUCAAAGGCAUGUACCAGAUAAAUUGGUAUGGCGUUGGGAGGAGAAUGGCAAUUAUUCGGUGAAAAGCAGCUACAAAUUCUUGAUGCAAAGCUCAGGAAAUGUUUCGAGUUAUGGCUGGACGAGAAUGUGGAAUUUACCUAUUCCACCGAAGGUCAAAUUCUUCUUCUGGCAGGCGUGUAUAGGCUGUUUACCUACGGCAGAUACCUUAAUGACUAAACGACAGGUCUGGGGCUUAAUGAAUUGGUCAUUUCAGCUUGAUGCUAGUAUAAGCUUUGAGAUGUGGGUUGAGAGAUUAAUGAAUAACCACAAUGAGGAACGUUGCAGUAAGUUUAUUAUGCUAAUUUGGGGGUUAUGGAAUGCUAGGAAUACAAUCCUUUGGCAGCAGGUUUAUACGCCACCUCAGAGUAUUGUGGCUGGAGCUUUAACAUUUCUGGAAGGUUGGCAGCAAGCUCAAGGAACAAACCGCAAGUCACAGAAUCAAUUGCAGACAACUGUGAGGUGGGUGAAGCCAGAUGAAGGAAGAGUGAAGAUAAAUACUGAUGCUGCGGUUAAAACGGGAUCAGGCAGCAUGGGCUUAGAGUGGAUAGCGAGGUCCAGUGAAGGGGAGUUCAUCGUUGGGGGUGCCAUUAAUAGAACAGGGGUGUUUCUACCAAGGGAGGCGGAAGCGCUAGCAGUCCGGGAAGCUCUCAGUUGGCUGAAGGAAGCGGGAUGGGACCAUAUAGACUUGGAGACAGAUUCAUUACAGUUGAUCAAAUCCAUUCAGAGUGGGGAAGAUGAAUCAUCAUUUGGUGUUAUUGUGGGCGAUAUUCGAGAGCUCUCAACUAGUUUUAAUGACAUAACUUUUGCUCAUGUGAGGCGGUCAGCGAAUCGGGCGGCACAUGAUAUGGCUAAAGCUGCUGAUUCUAUGUCUGGCUGCCAUAUUUGGUUUUCUUUCCAUCCUGAUUGUAUUUCAGCUUCUUUGAACCAUGAUUAUAUUAAUACAAGCUAAGUUGAAUUUUGCCAAAAAAAAAAAAAAAAAAAAAAA